AUGUGUGACCGGCAGAUCGUCAAGGAAUGUGUGUGCAUUUGGUUCGGCAGCGAGGAGGCCUUUGAGGAACUCAUACGCUCGGAGGUAUUGGAUGCUUUGUCGGCUGGAUUGCAGAACGGCGUUUUCACCCGCAGCUGGAGUCUUUGCGUGUGUAGCCCCCUCCUGUGGGCAUUCUGGGACUUAAGUGCCUCUUUUGCAGCUCACGGCUUACUCGAAGACGCCUUCGAGUUCGGCAUUGCGGGCUUGGUGCUUUGGUUCCUUUGCGCCCCGAUGUACAUAGACUAUGGCACUUGGAUCAUUCGCAGGUACUGCCACCUUGCCUCAACCACCUUCUGGGAAUGUUUGAAGAACUUCGAGGUACUGCUUUUGGCCUUGCUGGGAUUCAGUUUCAUCGCAGGGACCUUCGUCCUAUGUCGGCUCAUUUGGUCCGAGCAGCGGUAUCGUGUGGUACUUUUUGGAGGUGCAUGGUGCCUGCUGGCACUGUGUCAUUUCGUCUAUAGACGUUUUUCAUCAAGUCUUAAUGACCCUUCCGGCCGAGAUUUGACACACUGCGCCUUGCGGAUUUGA